GUAAAAUUUGCAGGAAGUGUACAAAAAUAGAAUGAGGAUGAAAACAUUGUGACAUUUUUAUUUUUUGUUUUUACAAACUUAGAAAAGACAAGAUGUCUCGUGCGAUGGUACCCAGCCAACAAAAGUUGGCGGAGAAGUUGACGAUCCUAAAUGACAGAGGAAGGGGCAUGCUGACAAGAAUAUACAACAUCAAAAAGGUGUGGUCAAUAUACUCUACCAACAAAAAGAAGAUGCUUACGAACACCGACAGCAAACCACCGUUUCUCUCUGAUAAAAGUUUGGAGUCGGCCUUCAAAUAUCUACUCAAGAAAUUUCCCAACAUAGACAACCAUGCUGGGGCCCUCCAAGUGAUCAACAACAUCAAACAGGAUGUCGUGAAGUCCCUGUCUCUAUACUAUUUCACUUUUGUGGACAUCAUGGACUUCAAGGAUCAUGUCGUUGAUUUGCUGACUACGAUUGAUGCCUGUCAAGUUCAUAUGGACAUUACCUUGAACUAUGACCUGACCCUGAACUAUCUGAACCUAAUUUCGACCUAUGUGUCCAUCAUGAUUCUGGUGUCCCGCGUGGAGGAUAGAAGAGUAGUGCUGUCUCUGUACAAUGUGGCUUACGAGUAUCUCCAUGCUUCAAGUGAUCCCUCCUUUCCUCGGCUGGGACAGAUGGUGAUUGACUAUGAUAUUCCUCUUAGAAAACUCUCUGAGGAGUUUGUACCUCACUCUAGGGUGUUGGUUCCAGCCAUUAUGUCUCUACACAAGAUUUACCCAAAGAGGAAUCUGCCAGCAGACCAGAUGAGAGCUACAGGUUUCCUCAGUUUAUUGGCAGAGCCACCCAAAAUCAUGAAUGUUCCAAACACUGACAUGGUACAAUGUGAAUAUCUGUCUGUUGAUGCCAUGGAGAGAUGGAUUAUUUUCUCUAUGCUGCUGUGUCACCAGUACCUACAGGAGGCUCAGUUGUGGGACCUCUGGAAGACUGCUCUACAGUCAGGCUACAUUGUACAGCUCUGUCGAGAUGAAGUUCUUCACAUCCACAGCUACAUCACCGCAUUCUUUGAGGGGCUUAAGGGACACAACAUGUCCAAGAGGAUAACAGAAGUCAGAGAUCUACAACAUCAAGCUCUACAGUCAGCUCCUGGCAUACACAGAGAAAGGAGAAAGUUUCUGAGAUCUGCUCUGAAAGAGUUGGCCUUGAUUUACACUGAUCAGCCAGGACUGUUAGGACCAAAGGGACUGUACGUCUUCCAAGCUCUGGCCGUGGCUCGAGAUGAAAUCCAUUGGUUACUGCGACAUUUUGAUAAUCCACCCUCUAAGAGACACAAUGUGAAACUGUCACAAGAGGACUUUGUAGAUAGACAGCUGCCAGAGUUAUUGUUUAACAUGGAGGAAUUGAAAUCUUUGGUUCGAAAAUAUAACCAGGUGGUACAGCGCUACUAUGUACAAUAUUUAGCGGGUUUUGACUCAGUGUUACUAAACCAACUGAUACAGGAUGUAAAAAAGGAAUGGGAAAACUUGGCCCACUGUCCAGAGGAUGAGUCUGUGAUUUUAUCUUCUCUGUACAACACCAUAGCAGCAUUAUCUGUCAAACAAGUUGAAGCCAAUGAAGUUUUUGACUUGCGUGGAAUUAGAUUGGAUUGGUUCAGAUUGCAGGCUUACACUGGAGUCUCCCGGGCAGGCCUCGUACUGAGGGACCAUCAGGACCUGGGUAAACACCUCAACAUGAUCAUCUAUCACACCAAAAUGGUGGACUACCUGGAUGAACUGCUGAACGAAACAGGAGACCUUUCUAUCUAUUGCUUCUACACCCAGAUUUUUGAGCACCAGUUUAAGCAGUGUAUGGAGUUUCCUGCACAGCACCGCUACAGCAUUGUGUUCCCCAUCAUAUGUGGACAUUUCAUGAAUGCCACUCAUGAACUCUGCCCAGAAGAGCGCCACUCUAUCGGCACCACCAGUGUACAGUACGCCCACUGGUUCCUGAAGGAAAUGUCUGAUGAAGUGAACCAGGUCAUCACAGCUAUCUGCGAGGAACAGUGCAUGCUGAACUAUAAGCUUUUGCCAAAGCACAGUGCAGCCAGUAUCCUUCAGAGUUCCAACAAACAUAAGAAAAAACAGGACAAAAAGAAAAACCAGGGCCCUGAGGAAGAGAAGCCAGGGAUGGAGAGUGCUCGUAAAAACCGGGAAAACUUUACAAGGAUGGACAAGUUACAUAUGGCCUUGACGGAACUCUGCUAUGCUAUCAACUACUGCAAUGUGAUACAGGUCUGGGAGCAUGGCUUCGUUCCAAGAGAGUUUUUUAUACAGCAUCUGGAGACAAGAUUUAACAAAGCAUUAGUGGGAAUGAUGAUGUAUAACCCAGAUACAAGUGAGAUAGCCAAACCUUCUGAGUUACUAAGUAGUGUCAAGGCUAUCAUGAGUGUGCUUCAGGGUCUGGAAAAUUAUGUCCAGAUUGAUAUAGCCAGGGUGUUCAACAGUGUGUUACCUCAACAGACACAGGCUACAGACAGCUUUAAUGGAGAGAAGACUAUCACUGCUAACUACACUAACUGGUAUUUGGAAGUAUUGCUAAGAAGAGUGACAGUAAAUAUGGGUCACAUUGUGUACUCUCCAAACCAUAAGGCUUUUGUUACCGUGGCACAAGACAACAACAGUAAAGAGAACCUAUAUUUAGCAGCGGAGGAAUACGCUGACCUGACAGAACUGAGAGCUUUGGCUGAAUUGAUUGGUCCCUAUGGAAUGAGGUAUCUAGGAGAGAGACUGAUGGGUCAUGUGGCCAGUCAGGUGGAGGAGCUAAAGAAACUGGUGAUACAGAAUAAAGAGGUGCUGUUUAACAUGAGAACUAGUUUUGAUAAACCAGAAGUGAUGAGGGAUCUGUUCCGGCGAUUAGGAAGACCCAUUAAGCCACAUGGAAAUGCUAAAAACCAAAUGUCAGAUGUGGACAGUGUAUUGAUGAGAAUGACCAUUAUUGGUAUACUUCUGUCCUAUCGGUCAUUGGCUCAAGAGGCAUUAUUGGACGUAUUGGAAGACAGAAUUCCUUUCCUAAUGGCAUCAGUACAGGACCUGCAGCAUUUUGUGCCCAACAUGAAAGACAAAAAAUAUCACACUCACAUUUUUAAAAUUGUGGUCAAUGAGAUGGCCUCAGCCGCCGGACUCUCUUGUGAUAUUGACCCCCUCCUCAUCAGUGCCCUGAGGUCCCAGAAAAACGUAUCACAAUCAACACAAUCUAAAGAUAGUAAAGGGAAAGUGGCCAAUGAGAGUGAUUACGAGCUAGCCUGCCUACUGAUGGUGUUUGUAGCCGUGUCCAUUCCAACACUGGCCAAAAAAGACUUCUCAGUGUACAAGGCUUCCCUAGAAGGUAAUCUGAAUAACUCUCACUGUCUGGCUAAAGCUGUGAACCAGAUAGCAGGUGCUCUGUUUACCAUCCACGGACCUGGUGAUGUGUCGGACAGGUUACAGGAAUUCCUAGCUCUUGCCUCAUCAAGCUUGCUACGAUUAGGACAGUCCCAGGAACAAGACAAAGAGACUGUCAGAAACAGAGAAUCAGUGUAUAUACUACUGGAUCUGAUAGUGCAGGAGUCGCCUUAUCUGACUAUGGACCUGUUGGAGUCCUGCUUCCCCUACGCUCUACUGAGAAAUGCCUACCACACUGUGUAUAAAGCCUCAGCAGUAGACAACUAGGUCAAGGUCACAAGAAACAAAAGCCUCAGCAGUAGACAACUAGGUCAAGGUCGCAAGAAACAAUGUUCCAUCUGACUUAUGUUUCAUGAUACAAAUACCUGUCAGCACAUCUCUCCAUGGAGGAGUUUUCUAUGAUCGUAUCUGAUAUAGGGGACUAGAAAACAUUAUGAUAUAUAAUUGAUGAAAGGAGAAUAGUUCUAACACAGAACCAGUGCAUGUUAGAUAAUAUACAAUUUUUAAAGUACAUGCAGAGUUAUGUAUCAAAUUGAUAUACAUUUAUCUUUUGUGUACUCAGUGUGGUAUACAUGUAAUAAGUGUAACAACAAUUCAAAAUGAGCCAUAUUAAUGCCAGUUAAUUUCUAGAGAGUAAAGAGUAUCGGGUAUAUGCUUGCAUGUAUAUAUAACUGUAUGAGGAAUGGAUGUUUAGGAUAUUUCAAGUGCAAGUUUAAAUUUAUAUGAACAAGGGUGUUUAAUUCUAGAUAAGGACUGUUAAAUUUGUGGAAUUGUGUUGUAUUUUGAUAACUACAGUUUCAUAAACAGGAUACAGAAGGAAUCUUUUUGGAACAAAUAGACUUGACAUGUGCAUAAUAUUUAUACAUGUAUAUUCUGGUAGUUUGUUCCCAUGACAGUGCAAUAUAACAUAAUCGUACAUUUUUAUCAUCAACUGAAAUUAUUUAACGUGUAUGCAAUUUUUAAUUCAUUAGUGUAUGUGUAAAUAUUCAGUGUAUUCCAUAUUUAUCAGUACUACUGUACAGUUCUUUACAUUUUUAAAAUAGAUGCAUGAAAUAUAUAAACAAAGUGACAAAACAUUUACAUUAAUAUACAUGGUAUGAUAGAGAUCUGAUGUUAUGGUGCAGAAAUAAUUCAGGUACUUAAUGAUUUUUGUAUGUUUAAUUAUGACAAUACUAAGAUUAAAAGUUUGAAAUAUGAAAAUUUUAA